CUGUUCUCCCUCCAGCGACCACGGCAGGAGACUCCACUCCACCACUCCACUACCGCACUUCAUACUCCACCUACUACUACAUCGCAACACCAGCCGUGACUGCCGCUGGUGGCGCUGACGUGUGAACAAGGUGUGAUCUGCCGGCGGGGUGAAGCAGCGUGGUGUUGUUAAGUACCGGCCAGUCCUUCCCACCCACGUGUACCCUGGAGAGGCUACAGAAGCGACACGCCGCUGGCAACGCGAGGACAGCGCCGCACGAAGUAGUGGAGGCUGGCGUGCCCAAAGGUGGACCUUACUACAGUCACUCCUCCGUUACCUUUCUCUUCAGUAGGGACUUCGGAUAAGCAGACACUAAGAUGUCACCAGUACGCGUCACGGACAUGCGCUGGAGUUGGGUCAGGAAGAACCUGCUCCUCCUCCUUACCUUCUCAGGGGUGCUCUUCGGCGUUGCCCUUGGCCUCGCCCUGCGCGCGGUGGGCCCAGACUCCACUACCAUUCUCCUCAUCUCGUAUCCUGGUGAGCUGUUUAUCAGGAUGCUCAAGCUUAUGAUCCUGCCGCUCAUCAUCGCUUCUCUCAUAUCAGGGUCAGCUAGUCUGAAUGCCAAGAUUAAUGGGUACAUCGUGGUGCGCACCAUCCUCUACUUCAUGGCCACGUCACUACUCAACGCUCUGAUUGGUGUCCUGCUCGUUGUCGCUAUUCAUCCCGGCUCACCUCUCGCCAGGCAGGCACUGACCGAGAGUUUGUCAUCCUCGUCUAACACAACAUCCAACGUCAACAUUCUGGACGGCUUCCUGGAUCUGGGCAGGAACAUCUUUCCUGAGAACAUUUUCCGUGCCUCCUUCCAGCAAGUGCACACAGUAUAUGAAGAGCAGCUGGUGACCCAACACAAUAACAUCACAGGUGUGGACGCCAAGAUCACUGAGAUGGUCCGAUCGGUGAAGUACCGCGCUGGCACCAACACCCUGGGCAUCAUUGUGUUCUGCCUUGUGUUUGGCACUCUCCUUGGCUCCUUGGGAAAGAAGGGUGCCGUUGUCGUGGAUUUCUUCUCCGUCAUCGACACGGUUAUCCUAAAAAUUGUCACCGGCGUUAUGUGGCUGUCACCUUUGGGCGUGGCCAGUGUCAUCAUGAGCAAGAUCCUGAGCGUGGAGAACCUGGGCACUGUGAUGAGCAACCUUGGCCUGUUUAUAGUGACAGUCGUGGUUGGAGUCUUCAUUUAUCAAUGGAUCAUUCAGAACCUUCUCUACUUCAUUUUCACACGCAAGAACCCCCUUCAGUUCUAUUUUCAUCUGCUGGAGCCCUGGGUGACUUCCUUCGCCACUGCUUCCACGGCGGCCACGCUGCCUAUCACCUUCCGCUGCAUGAACGACAAGUGCGGCGUGGACCCACGCAUCUCCCGCUUCGUUCUGCCCAUCGGUGCCACGGUCAACAUGGACGGCACGGCGCUCUUCGUUUCAGUGGGCACCAUCUUUAUUGCCCAGAUGAACGAGCUGCCACUUGGCAUCGGGGAGUACGCCACCAUCAUAGUGACCGCCACCGCCGCUAGCGUGGCCAGCGCCAGCGUGCCAAGCGCUGCCCUCGUGCUCAUCCUGAUUGUCCUCACCUCAGUCAACCUUCCCGCCGAGGACGUUUCCUUGCUCUUCGCUAUCGACUGGCUGGUGGACCGGUUCCGUACUACCAACAACAUGCUCGGUGACUGCUACACGGCUGCCAUCGUGGAGCACUGGAGUCAAAACGAGCUGAAGUCCAUGGAUGCUGAGGCCAGUGCUGAGGCUCAUUAUGCUGACGUGGAGAAGGCUGCUGACUUGGCCCCUCUGGUAACUGGCCAGCAUGACGUGGAUCCUGAAGCCCUGGUGCAUGACCCGCCGGUUUUGCUUCUCAAGGGCGGGGACACCUCCCUGAACAACACCAAGGCAGGAGGGGGCGAGGAGGUCCUUCACGUGGAGGUGGAAUCCCCCCCGAAGGAGGCCAGCACCACCACCAAAAUCUAAAGAGUGCCAUGUACAAACCAGGUGCCAGGCACUGAGCUGAUGUACCUGGCAGGGGAGACACAGACAUACAUGUAGUAGAAUACAAGAAGGGAUGGAUUGAUGGGCUGAUGAUUGAUGCCUACUCUGUGUGAAGCUUUCUUUGAUAAACUGAUGUAAUGUGAUUGGCUAGUGACAGUCAUUUAGCCCAUAGAUGGGUCAGUAGAAAGAGAGAGAGAGAGAGAGAGAGAGAGAGAGAGAGAGAGAGAGAGAGAGAGAGAGAAAGAGAGAGAGAGAGAGAUGCAUCUGUCCUCUCCUAUGUCAGGGAGUCUCAUAACCUUAAUAGCUGCCAAGUGUUUUGUGUUGUAUUCCAUAACCACAGUGACUAGGAACCACUUUUAGUACAUCCAUACAUCCAUACAUACACUUGUUGGUCAAGUAGGGAGGUGCUCCUCAUACUAGAGUGAAAGCAUUAUAGUAUUAUUAACUGUGAAUAGCGACCACAAUCAGUGUUUACUUACCUCCAGCAGACACAGGCCAUGCUGUGUCUGCUGCAGUGUGUUGUGUUCUCUCAGCCUCACUACUACAGCAUUGAUGUGUUAGACAGUCAGCAUGCAGUAAACCCUCCAUAUAACUAUUUCUUGGCAAGCCUAGUCAGCUUGCUCUAUCUGAAAUUUCACUUAAUCCAAUGCUCAUUACACUGAUAUCUCCAAGCAAACUCUGGUUACUAUAUAGAAAAUUAAAGUCACUCAUAUCUUUACCAACCCUCCAAUGUAUUCAAAGUUUGCUUCAUGUAGUUAAGCUUUUAAGAGGCUCUGAAGGCUAAUUCCUGUUUUCUAUUGUGAUUAGGCAUGUUUACCUUGUUCCUGAUGUCCAGCAUUGCUAUAUGAUAGGUUUACUGCACAAUAUUUGAGGCCAGAGAGAACACAUGCAAAUGACAUCAGGUGCUAAUAAUAACUGAAGACUUGCAGUGGAAGCUGAGAAGGAACAAGUGCAGUAUUUGGGUGCAUAUCUUCAAACUGUGGUGUUGUGACUCUCUCAACCUUAGGUGUUGAUGCUCUGGUGUUGCUGUGUUGCUGACCAUGGGCUGGGUGAGAAAUGUCCUCCUUGUUACAAUACUAGUACCCUGCACUAAACAAAUUCUAAGUACUGACAGAUUGCCUCACAAAAAAAAAAAAAAAACUUGUGUCUCUUUCUUACUAUGGGUCAGUUCACAUUUAUCACUCAUGCCUAAUUAAGCCAGCAGUCAUGCCCCUCAGUGAGUAGCACACAUUCAGCCACACUGUCCUGCCACCUAUAGCCUACACCUACACUUGGCCACACCUGUCAAUGCAAAAUAAUACACUUGGCCACCAACACACACACAUGCACACACACACACACACACACACACACACACACACACACACACACACACACACACACACACACACACACACACACUCUCCUCUCCUCGUCCUGCCUGGAGUCUGACUCACUGAGGUCAGGACAUGGCAUUUAUGAUUCGAAACCCAUAUUGGGUGAAAAAUUCCUCCUCUUUGGUUGUCUCCUGUUAAUAGUUCUAAAUGAAGCAAAACACUGUGCUGUAUUGACUCUUCUAGAAUAAUUCAGGUCUUGUUAAGUUAGCACAAAAUGGAUUGUUUUCCUGUAGUAUUACAUUGGUGGUGUAACAGCCUGGUGUCUGCGUGCACUGUCCCGCUGCCUGGCUGGCCACACUCAUACAUCUCACACAUGCCAAGUGAGAUGACAUCAUGACAGGCAGGCUCCAGCCCCUCACUGGUGAGAAGGUGCAAGAAUCAAACACUUCUCCAAGUGUUCAAUAGUCCCAGAGUUCCUGAGCAUUGCAUCUCCUCUCAGUAUUCCCACACUAAUGUUUUGUUAUUGUCAGAUCUUCCUUCUCUCCAUCGUGUGCUGUUUUACUCAUUAAAUUCAGGGUUGUUUUGUACAGCGGUUGGUCGUCACAUCCUUCUGGCGUCAUGCGCACCAAGGAAGGUCUUCCAUUGUUGAAAAUACCUUGUGAACUCCUCGUUGCAAAGAGAAAAGUAUUACCUCGUGCCACACAUCAUGUAUUAUACAGCCUGUUCUGUUUGUCAAGUCUCACUUUCAGUAUUCCAUUGGACCACAGUCCCAUGUCUCUGUUGGGCAGGCACACUAGCACCCACCCUGCAGUGCUGCCCUCACUCUCUCUUCAGGAAUGUGAGAGUAAUGUGGGAUAGAUAAACUGGCACCCACUCUGCAUCCUUCACCCUUCCCACAUAACCUCCAGUACCAGCUCUCAGCAGCAACAAGUCUAACAGGGAGCCAGAGAGGACAACAGCUGCACACCCACUAGUCACCAGGCACUGGAGACAGUGGCAAAGCAAAAAGAAACUUUGUGAUAUAUGAGAGAAAUUUAGAUAUUAACAAAUAUAAGACACAAAACAGUACCAAUAUGGCCAUAUCACCUUCCUGGCUCUUGUUGCAUCUGCUGGACUGCCACAACUGGAUAAUGCUUCACACUACAGCACUUGAUUGAUUAAGAACAGAGCAAGCAGUGGACCACCUUCAUAAAUGCUUCUUGGUCUCGUCUCGACUCUCUUCAACAGGCUGCAGUGGAAGUUAUUGGGGUUUUCAAAAGUAUUCAUAUAAUUCUAGUAUUAGUUCAACAAAGAUUCUAUACCAUUAGUAGGAAAACACCCAUGGGGGAUCUUACUAUCAUCCUGUGGUCUUUGAAAACUGUCUUGAUGAGGGAAGAAAGCAUUUUCAGAACAUGGCCCAACAGUUGAUGCACCAACAUACACUCAAACAUACACACAGCCCAUACAGCUGAGUCUAUGGAAACCAGUACCCAAUACAGACAUUCUUAGUAUGUUUUUCACACAUCAAACAACACUUAGAAAUUUGACUAUUAGCUAGUUCUGUGUACUAGUGACCAAUGUUAUGCAUACUAUCACUAUUAUGUUAGUACUGUGCGUUGUUAAGUGGCAGUGUGUGGUAGUGAAAAUGCAAAAUGUCUUUUAAUACAUUCAACAUCACCGCCAUCCCAUGAAUGUUGAGUGGCCAAAAAGUGCUUGUAUUUUUCACAAACCAGUGGACAGAACAAGCAUCACAGCACAAUCACUGUCCAGCCGGUGUGAUACCGGCAUGUACAAGUUACUCAGAUUAUCACAUGAAAAGUACCUGCCUGUGUUAUCAAAUGAAUCCCAUCAUCCAAGAACACCACUUUGUUUUAGUCAUGCAUGCUGCUCUUCAUUAGGUAUUCACCAUACUGUUAUUCUGCUGGCCAAAAACACCCAGUAACAGUACUACAGGAACACACUCAAGUCAGCAGUCAGCAGAAGCAUCAUCAUUAACAUUAGCUGUGUGAUGGAAAAAACACCAUAGUUAUGUCCUUGCAUCAUUCCUGAGAGCACACCCAUCACUCCUUCACCCCUCAGAGCUUAAGGCAAAGGCCACGUUUUGUUACUGCUGCUGACUGUACACUGAUGCUUCCCCUCACUGGCACCAAAGGCUAGGUAGAGGAAGGAAGGACAUCAGUGCCAGUGUGUACUGUCAGUGCCAUCCUGGGAGGCUCUAGAAGAUCUGAUGUUGCAUUUGGGUAUUGCUGUGUGGUGUGCUGUGAUGUGGCGCCUCAACACACUCAAGUCACUUCUAAAGUGUGUGACAAACAUGCAAUAACUGCUCCUUGAGAUAAAGGCUGUAGGGAGGGAAAUGGCAUACUAAGGCUAUUUCUAUUAUACAACAAAAUAUUCCAUACUUUUUUUGCAUUUAUAUAGCUUGGCAGUACAAGAUAACAAUACAAUAAUGGCAGAUUAUCAGCUAAGAAAAUACAUAAAUCAAGUUUC